AAAUGCAUUUGAUUUUCUCUUUAUUUUGGACAACAUCGUAUGUAAUGUUUUAGUUGGGUUGGAGCAUCUGACACGCAUGGGUUAUUACGAGUUGAGAUAAUAUUAUGUGGCCAGGAACGACGCACGAAACGUGCUAGUCUUUCUUCUUCUUCUUCUUCCUUUGAGUUCGAGCUACCCUCUUGAGUCCUAUUUGAAGCCAUGGCGUUGGUGAAUCCAUUUCUGUCUCCAACACGAACUUCCCUACCUCUGCGUGUUUCUGCGCCACCAAAACAAGUACUACGUUGGACUCUCUGCUCCCACUCUUCCAAACCAUCGUCAAGAUCCAAGCACACCAAGUCUUCCGCCACCGCAGACAUCAAAGCCGCGGCUUUAGUUGACGGAGAAGCAGAUCACGCAGUUCUCGUGGGCCCCACCAGCGAGGAGGACCGAAAAGGGGACUACGACUGGACACAGGAAUGGUACCCUUUGUACCUCUCUCAGAAUGUUCCGGAAGAUGCACCUUUGGGUCUCAAAGUGUUUGAUAAACAGCUCGUGUUGUUCAAGGACGGCAAUGGCCACUUUCUCUGUUACGAAGAUCGCUGCCCCCACAGGUUAGCUAAACUAUCUGAGGGACAGUUGAUUGAUGGAAGGCUUGAGUGUCUAUACCAUGGAUGGCAAUUUGAAGGGGAGGGCAAAUGUGUGAAGAUACCUCAGCUUCCAGCUGACGCCAAAAUACCUAGGUCGGCUUGUGUUAGAACAUAUGAAGUGAGGGACUCUCAAGGUGUUAUAUGGGUGUGGAUGUCCCGGAAGACACAUCCAAAUGAUAGCAAACUACCUUGGUUUGAGAACUUUGCAAGGCCGGGGUUUCAAGAUGUGUCAACAACUCAUGAACUCCCUUAUGAUCACUCUAUUCUUCUGGAGAACCUGAUGGAUCCUGCUCAUAUCCCAAUCUCGCAUGACAGAACAGAUUGGACUGCCAAAAGGGAGGACGCUCAGCCGCUGUGUUUUGAGGUGACAGAACGAACUGAUAGAGGGUUUGCAGGUUGGUGGGGCAGAGAGAAAGAUGGGUCUAUGCCUAACUUCUUGCGGUUUGAUGCUCCUUGUGUUCUGCAAAACAAUAGGGAAAUUGUUGAUAAGAAUGGUGAAAAGAACUACUUCACUGGCCUGUUCCUUUGCACACCAACUGGGCAAGGGAAAUCCCUGCUCAUAGUGAGGUUUGGAGGAACGAAAAGAUCUCCACUGGCAAAACUGUUUCCUAAGUGGUACUUCCAUCAGAAUGCAAGCAAGGUGUUUGAGCAAGACAUGGGAUUCUUGUCAUCCCAAAAUGAAAUUCUCUUGAAAGAGAAGGUUCCAACAAAGGAACUAUACUUGAAUCUGAAAUCAUCAGACACAUGGGUUGCAGAAUACCGGAAGUGGAUGGACAAAGUGGGGCAUGGGAUGCCGUACCAUUUUGGUCACAGCACUAUCUCUUUGCCCAAAGAGCCUGCUGUGGUUGAACAUGCACCUGCUGGACUGGUUGCAGGAUUAUCAGCUUCCUCACCUGCCAAGGGGGGCAUUGGAACUAUGCAUGCUCCUAAUUUAGCCAACAGAUACUUUAGGCAUGUGAUACAUUGCAAAUCAUGUAGAACCGUCGUCAAAGCUUUCCAAACUUGGAAAAAUGCUCUUACAGCUGUGGCCGUUGCAUUAAUUGCAAUGGCAGUUCUGGUGUCUGGGAGACAAUGGAAGGCCCUUCUCUUGGCAUCAGCCUCCCUGUGCUCUAUUGGAGUCUAUGCUUGUUCAACAGCCAUUGCAAUGAAUACAACAAACUUUAUUAGGACACAUAGGAGAUUGUGAGUGACAAAGUUGUAAAAUAGUUGUUAAAAUGAAUAUUUAUAGUAGUUUGUUUAAUGAAUGACUACUGAGUUAUUACA